GCGGGGCGGGGCGGGGAGCGCGGGCGAGAAAGGCUGAGGGGGUUCGCGCCGCGCACGGUACCGCCGCCGCCGCCGCCAUAGUGGGAGCCGCGGGGUAUAUCUUGGAAAUUUGGAGCUCAACCAAAGACCUGGUACCAAUCCUAUGGAGGUGAGUCACUGGCUUUAGGUGAGGAUUCAGAAUGGGAGACAAGCCUAUCUGGGAGCAGAUUGGAUCCAGCUUCGUACAACAUUACUACCAGCUUUUUGAUGCAGACAGGACUCAGUUAGGAGCAAUAUAUAUUGAUGCGUCAUGCCUUACGUGGGAAGGACAGCAGUUCCAGGGCAAAGCAGCUAUUGUUGAAAAACUCUCUAGCCUCCCUUUCCAAAAAAUACAACACAGCAUCACAGCACAAGACCACCAACCCACACCUGACAGCUGUAUACUCAGUAUGGUAGUGGGACAGCUUAAGGCUGAUGAAGAUCCUAUUAUGGGAUUCCACCAGAUAUUUCUAUUAAAGAACAUCAACGAUGCUUGGGUUUGCACCAAUGACAUGUUCAGGCUAGCAUUGCACAACUUUGGCUGAGCUGGUCACCCCGAGGCACCCGUGCUUUUUUUUGUUUUUGUUUUUUUUUUUUUUUUCCUUCUCUCCUCUUACUGGUAUUAUUCACACUCACGGAACAUUCCAAAUAUCAUACACAAACCUGCAGCACUGCAGAGCGUGAGCAAGCAAGACCUGCAACCUGCCCUUCUGCUGAGUUUACAUUGUCACUAGAUGAGUUUCUUGUGCAUGAUGUUUGGAAGUUAGACUUAGCUGCAUUUGACAAGAGAAAUUUGUGUUGUACCAGCAUGCCUCGGAAAGAAUUUAUAAUGCAAAAGGUUGUUGUUUAUGUACUGACAAGAUGCUCUAUAACCCAAAGAAAUGAAAGAACAGCAGCCUGUACAGCCCAGAUACUGAUUUGUUCAGAUGUUUCAAUGCUACAUUACACAAUAAACCCAUGAGAUUUUCUUAA